AUGAUUACAAAAAACUCAGCCUUCUCAUCACAGGAGCAAGGAGCUGUAAAACCAAAUGUUGAGAAUGAAUUGUGUAGUGCACUCUCAACGAUCAGUUUACAAUCCACAACACCUAUUUCAAAAGGUAAAACCUAUCCAGUGCCCUCAGAAUAUGUGAAAUUUAAAGGUCCUUAUGAAUAUUUAGAUGUGGAAAAAAUAUCAAUGAAUAGAAGUAAAUUUAUUCAAGAUAUUACGCAUGACAUUUCAUACUAUACGGAGAUGAAAGAAAUAGCUUCAAUAAUCGUAAAUGACCAGAGUAUAAGUCGCUCAUCAUUUCCUGCUGACCGUUUUCCUUUGAUUAAUGGAAUGAUAUCUCCUCCACAAACUAAGCACGAUCAGCAGCCUCGCUAUGGGGAACUAAGAGCUACUAGCUCUCCACCACCAACAAGUUCUGGCAAUCCAGAAAUUAACCACUUCACGUUAGAUCACUUUGAUUUUAUGAUGUCUACCCCAGUUGGCCAAAAGAGUUUGAACGACCUAAAGAUAACCAAAAAGGUUAUUUUCACACCAUCCACUCAAAGAUCCAAUUGUGCAUUUUUAAAUAGAUCGAAGGUAGUCAGUCAAGAUUAUAUUACAGUCCUAGUAGUAAGACCAAGUGAAUGGGAUAAUUAUUUUGAUCGGUGGAGUGGCUUGCACAUGAUCCGAUUACCUUUACCACAAGCUGGUGUUGGAUAUGUGCGUUAUUGGAUUCAAAAGUUGGCAGAGUUUUUUGGAUUAGAGUACUGUUGGACCAUUGAUGAUUCUGUUUAUUCAUUGCAGAAAACAAUGGAUAUAGGUUGGACUGCAUAUAUGGGGACUCUAGAGAUAUUGAUGGAAUCUUAUAAAGAUAGGGAUCGACCUCAAAGUGAAGAGCCUCCCUCAAUCAAGUUCGCACAGGUAUUUGUAUUGAUGAACAUUAAAUUGCUGGCUGAUAAUGAAAUUAGAUAUUGCCCAGCUCUUUGUGCCAAAGAAGAUUGUCUGAUUUCGAUCGAUUGUCUUUCCAAAAACAUUUUGGUCAUUGCUAUUUCGGGACCGUUCGUCAGAGACUAUACAUUUGAGAAUACUGGUGCCAGAAGUGCAGAGGCAGGAUACAGUAAGACAUUGCCUGCAAAACCUCUUACUACAGUUGUAGAUAGCAAAGAAAGUUUUACUGCUAGACUAGGUUCUCUAGAAUACCAGGAUCUAAGACAACAAUCUGAAGGUAGAUACUAG